AUGCCAUUUCAUCUCUCGCAUUCGACGCGGCUGGCAGUGGUCAUUGGUAUUUCGACAUGUUUCUUCCUCGGCGAGAUCUCAGUGGGGUUUUAUACCCACUCGCUUGCCUUGAUUGCUGAUGCAUUCCACUACUUGAAUGACCUAAUGGGAUUCGUGAUCGCCCUUGUUUCGGAAAAGGGCAAUUCUCCACAAGAUCUCUCCUUUGGCUGGCAGCGUGCCCAGCUGCUUGGCGCUUUCUUCAACGGGGUCCUCCUCUUUGCAUUGGGCCUCAGUAUUUUCUUGCAGUCAAUUGAACGCUUCAUCUCUUUGCAACGCAUCGAAGAUCCUAAGCUGGUGAUGGUUGUGGGAUGCAUUGGUCUGGGUCUGAAUAUCAUCAGCGCGCUGUUUCUUCACGAACAUGGACAUGGACAUGGCCACGGCCACGUCUCCCCGCCGGUUAUUGAAGAUGGACUGGCGCCCGUCAGCGACUGCGAAGAGGAUUCUAUUUCCAAUCAUCGUGAUCAUAAGCAUCCGCAAUUUGAGAAUACACUAUCCGCGCACUGCCAUGACGACUUGGAUAGCCAUAGCCAUGGUCAUAGCCAUGGACACGACCAUGGUGACCUGGGAAUGAUGGGUGUCCUCUUGCAUGUUUUGUGUGACGCUGCCAAUAACCUUGGGGUUAUUGCCGCCGCGUUGGUCAUCUGGCUGGCGAAAUACGAAGGCCGCUACUACGCCGACCCUGGGGUAAGCAUGGGAAUCGCAAUUAUGAUCAUUAUUUCGUCCAUUCCACUGGUACGGACUACGGGCCUUAUCUUACUGGAAAGUGCCCCGAAUGGCGUAAAUCUGAUGGAUGUCCAGCACGAUCUUGAAACGGUUCCGGGCGUGCACUCUAUCCACGAACUACACAUUUGGCGCCUCAACCAGCGCAAAACCAUCGCAUCCGUCCACGUUGUGGUAUCUGAUCCCUCGGUAUCCAGUUUCUUGAAAACUGCCAAGACUAUUAACGAAUGUUUCCACGCGUAUGGAAUCCAUUCUGCCACCCUCCAACCUGAAGUGUUGUCCGAGGCUGACAAAAUGUUCGCUGGCGAGAAAGGCCCGCGGUGCCAAGUUGUGUGUGGAACUCUCUGCGCGGCAUUAACAUGUUGCGGAUGA